AUGCCUCUGGUGUCUCAGACAAUAGAAGGUGUGUCGGGCAUACCACGCCAGUAUCGUUGGACAAAAAAGCCCGCACCAACCGAAAUAUCGUCGUAUGUCACCGAAACGUCCACUGCAUUCAACUUAUUCAAGGUUCUCGAAUCAGUUGAACAAACGGGGACCAGUUUGCAGCGCUUCAAGCGAAAAGCAACGGCAGUGGCGGAAAAUAAUUCGGAUUCGGAUGAAAACAAAAUCAGGCGCCAGUUGCUGCUGGACGCGGAGCACUUUAAAUCGUGGGCACUGUCCUGUGAUAUUGAAGUAUCGCAAAUUGAAGCACUAAUUUCGCGAAUAAACGGCUCAGCAGAACCCGGCAAAAUAUGUGGCCCGAUUCAUUCAGUUCCUGACAUGACGGAUGAUGCCACCACAGCAAACACAUGA